AUGAGCUGCUCCGAGUGGAAUGCCUUGAAAGGCGAAAUCCAACGCUUGUACAUCCAGGAGAACAAGAAACUGGCCGAUGUGAUGCAGAUCCUGGAGACUACGCGUGGCUUUCGAAAGACAAGGCGACAAUAUGAACGGAAACUCAAGAUGUGGAAAUUCGAGAAAUACCAGAUGACCACUGAUAAGUGGAAGGCUGUUCGACGGAAGGUCGAAAAGCGACGAAAGAACAAUAAACAGAGUGACGUGUACAUUAAUGGAGUCCGUUGUCCAUCGCCAAAGCUACGAAGGGAACUGUCACGAACAUUUGAGUCAACCCUUGAAAGACUCGUAUCUGCCCCGUCACCUCCGAUGCCUGAAGGGAUAGUUGUUUGCUCCCCUCCAUCUUUCGCCGGGCCCUCAGGACAGGUGAGCCUGCCAUGGCAGAGAUUCUUGCAUGGGUUUCAGAUGAAAAGAAGCAAAGGGCUUAUGCUGGCUAAUCCUACCUCAUUUUGGUCUAUGCCGCUGCAGACCACAAUGUCAAUGAAUAGCCCCGAUCGAAGUAUCAUGCCCGCUUUAGUCGCAUGGCUGGCGGACCCUGCCUCCAAUGCCACGUCGAGGACGGCACCCAGUGUGAAAGCAAAAGCAAGCCUCCGUCUAUUGAUGCCUGGACCAUGCGACCAUGAAAAUAUCUGUCACAUUGACUGGACCAUUGCCAGCGAAAGCGAACCUCAUAUGGAGAAAUAUCUGAUUUUUCUUUUCCUACUGUCCAAUAAGUUUAUACAGGUCGGUGGACCACGGCAGCAAGGAAUGGACCAACUAGUUCUAAAGCUUCUUUGUGAAGCGGGAACCAAUACGUCUCGGAAGAUUAAGGAUAUUUGCUCUGUCAAUGGUGUCGCAACUGAAGCAAUUGCUGAGGUGCUUUUUGGAGCAGCAGUCAGGUACCAGGACUUCACUUCCAUGAAGAUACUGCUGGAUGCAGGUAUAGAUCCUGAUACACAAAUUGAUGGCCAUUUGAAGGCUUUGGGGUUUGCCGCUGCCAUUCAAGAUCAAGCGCUUUCGAUUACAAUGACCCGUCUACUCCUGUCGUAUGAAUCAUCAAUCAACCGCCAGAAAACACUAGAUUCUGCUCUAGUGACCGCUAUCCAAAGCCGCAAAUCAGAACUCUGCAAGAUUCUUCUCUCCGCCGGAGCUCGAACAACACACGAGGCGAUCUUGGCGUCAGUCACUUCAUGCAGUUCUGAGAAUGGGGUUGAGGUGCUCAGAAUAAUCAUCGACGCUCACGAAGACGUCAACGACAUGUUUGACUUGGAAUGUGGAACAAAGACUCUGCUUGGGUUGGCAGUGGAGUUGAACAAUGUUGCCAUCGCCGAGUCUCUUCUUCGACGCAAUGCAGAUGCAGACAUACCACAACAGAUUCUGUUCGAAGACCAGGUUGUUUUCACCAGCAUAAUUGGAUUGGCAGCUCGCAAAGGCCUCAACAACAUGGUUCAAUUUCUUCUAGACGCUCGUGUGGACGUCAAUGCUCCGACUGCGAAGUAUCCUUUUAUCUCCCCAAUUGUACUAGGUCUCGCUGGUGGCCACACAAGCACUGUGGAGGCUCUAGUUCGGAGUGGGAUUCACUUCAAAGCCACUGAAGUUGCGAUGGGGCGAUCGCUUAUUGACAGAGCAGUCGACAGUGGGGAUUGGGAGCUUUGCCAAAUUAUAUUGGAAUCAGGGGAUGGGGUCAACACCGAGGAAUCGUCAGAUUUCUACACUUCCAAGUUAAUGCACAUGUUACACAAACGGGACUUCGACACUGCAUCUAGGCUCUUAGAUCUCGGUGCGAGAGUCAAUGACUUGCACAAUCAGGUCCCGAACACGGUACUCGGGGCAUCAAUCAUGGCCGGGCGUUUAGACUUGAUCGAUCAGACACUCAUGUCGGGGGCAAUGGCAACAGGGCAUGAUCUCAUAACGUCUAUCGAGAACAUUAAAAUUGCAAAGCAUUUGGAAUUCACCGGCAUACUGCCCUAUAUCAUGUUGGGCUCCGGACAGGUCCUUUUGACAAGAUCAAUCCUUGCACGGAAUGCAGAUCUUGUUCGCUAUCUAUUAGUUCACAAUGUCGACAGGCAAUCCAAUCAGACGGUUAAGUGGCAAAGAUAUCUUUUGCAUCGAACGCUGUCGCAGGCAUCUGUGAUGCAAAAAAGUCUCCACGCAGACCUGGAGAAAUUCCUAUCCCCAGUGGAAGCUGCCAUCACCAGCAGAAACACCUCACUCGUUAGAUUACUUCUUACUCGAGGAGCUAUUGUCACCGAAUCGAUAUUGAAUGCUGCUGUGUGGGACUAUCUGCAGACGGACAGGGAUAGUACGCUUUAUGAAGUUCUCCUAAGGAUUCCAGAAGAGUUUUGUGCUCCCACUGCGGUCGCCAUGGCGGCUUAUGCCAACGAUCUUCCUCUUCUACAGCGUCUUUUAACUGCGGGAAUCAAACCGACAGGCGAACCUCAAGUCCUGAGCCAUGCCAAACACGAGGAGCUUUUGCACGGUGGGGAUUCUACAAACCGGUCAGGCAAGCCAGGAUGGUGGCAUGACUGGCCACCUCUGAAAGGCCAGACCGUUCUCCUCAUCCCUGCUGCCAGAGGGGACUGUGCUCUUUUACGCGCUCUUCUUGAUUCAUAUACUUGGACUGCCUCCGAACUUGGUCGCGCGCUCACUAUCAGCCUAUAUUUUAGCAACCUUGAAGUAGCGCAAGAGCUCCUCAAGAUGGAGCCAGACAUGAGCGAGUCCCUCGUGGUUCACGGGACCAGAUUAAUCCCGCUAUGCUGUUCAAUCAAAUUCCAUGACAAAUCUCUAGUUCAAACCCUGCUAUCGCACGGAGCAAGCGUCAACCCCAUCACAACACCCUCCUCAGUAUGCACGCCCUUACAACGCGCCGUGGAAUCCAACAGCUCCGAAAUCGUCAAGACCCUCAUCACUGCAGGAGCAAAUAUCAACGCACCACCGCCAAGUCUUCCCGGGGCAACAGCUCUUCAAAUGGCCGUGAAGGGAGGAAACGUCGAAAUCAUGGACAUCCUCCUGGACGCAGGAGCAGACAUCGAGGCGAAUUUCGGCGCCACCGCCUUACAAUUCGCCGCGAUUAUGGGCUACCUCGGCAUUGUGUAUCGACUUCUCGGUCUCGGAGCAAACAUCAACGCCCCUCGAGCUCAGUUCUACGGCCGUACAACCUUAGAAGGCGCAGCUGAGUACGGACGGAUUGACAUGCUCCAAGUCCUUCUGAACGAGGGCGCCGAGGUACAUGGGGACUUUCGAUCGCAGUACGUGCGUGCUGUAAAGCUCGCCGAACAGAAAGGCCACUUUGCCGCGGCGAGGCUGCUUAAGCAGGCUGGUGGAUGGACGGAGGGAGAUGCGCUACAAUAUGAGGACGAGGUUUUCGAUCGCGAGGAGGUAGAGCGGUUUAAGCAGCAGCAUCCAGAGAGGGUGGCAGACUUGGGGCUUUGUGAUGUUCGUUCCGGGCGACUUUUCGAUCAGGACAAUCCUAUGAUUAGCCGGUUGCAUUCGAGGAUUGGUAGGUGUGCUGGCACAUAUCAGGCUCCACAGUCUCAGAAAGGGGAGCUUAACAUAGAUCAGCUGGUCAGUUCGAACGAUUAUUAA